AUGGUGUUUUGUUUUAGGCGAAUCAAGACCCUCAAGAAAGUCCUGAUCUUCACCGUAGUACUUGGUGCUGUUGCCAAGCCCCAAGGUUACCAUUUGAAUCCACCUUCCGGACCAUCUUUACUCACACAGAGAUGCACCAGCGGACAGGUGUUACAUGUGGAUGGUAGAUGCGUAACUCCAAGAGUCAACCGGCGUGUGUUCUUGUAUGAUGUGCCAAAAACUCCUAUGCCACCAGGUCCUCCACCUUUUAUUCCUGCACCAACCGUGGAGACUAACCUGUUGUUCAUACGAACUCCCGAAAGGGGACAAGGGCCAGAUCCCAUCGUUGUACCUCCUCCGCAACAGGAAAAUGUCGUGUACAUCCUCAAUAAACAGUCUGACGAAGGUCAAAAGGUGAUCGAAAUUCCAGCACCGCCAUCUUCUGAACCUGAAGUAUACUUCGUUAACUACGUUGAAGGAGAGAAUCCAACUCUUCCAAGCGGAGUGGAUCUGCAGACCGCCUUGGAUGCGGCUUCGUCUGGAAGUGGUCAGAUGGUUGGGAGUUCUGGAGGCUUCGGAAACGGUGCAGCUGGGAAAAAUGGUUUCGGUAGCAGCAGUGGUUUUGGAAGUAGCAGUGGUUUCGGAAGCAGCAAUGGUUUUGGAAGUAGCAGUGGCUUCGGAAGCAGUAAUGGUUUCGGAAGUAGCAAUGGUUUCGGAGGCAGUAAUGGUUUUGGAGUCAGUGGGCUUGGAAACAGCAAUGGUUUCAGAGGCAGCAAUGGUUUCGGAAGUGGCAGUGGUUUCGGAAGUAGCAGUAGUUUUGGUACCAUUGGUAGUCUUGGAAGCGGCAGUGGUUUCGUAAUCAACAAUGCUUUCGGAGGCAGCAAUGGUUUCCAAAGUGGCAAUGGUUUUGCAAGCAGCAGUGGCCUCGGAGGCAGUAAUGGUUUUGGAAGUAUUACUGAUUUUUCAUCAAGCAGCAUAGGAGAUAAUGGCGGAUUCAGCAGCGGCAGUGCCAGUGGUGCUGGAAUCAGCAGCCUGUCAGGGGUUGGUCACGCAUCAACGCUGCCCAGUCUAUAUAAAACACCUUAA